AUGAAUCUCAAUCGACGAAACGUUUUGAUUCGCCUGAUCGGUCAGCAACGGGAAAGGAGGUGUCCAGUUUCAUCCGAAAGCAAAGAGGCGCCAGCUAAUGGGUCUAUUAAGCCAUUCGAUGACAUUCCCGGGCCGAGAGGUCCACUCGGGCUGGGGAACAUCUUCCAGUAUCUGCCGGGUAUAGGACGAUACAGCUUCGAUGCCUUGCAUCUCUCAGGAGAGGAUAAGUACAAACGAUAUGGAGCGAUCGUGCGGGAAACGAUGGUUCCGGGGCAGGAUAUCGUAUGGUUGUACGAUCCGGCUGAUAUAGCGACCGUUCUGGAUGAUCGUACACCGGGCGUGUACCCUUCCCGUCGAAGCCACACGGCUCUGGAGAAGUAUCGUAAGGAUCGACCCAACGUCUACCGCACCGCAGGCCUGUUACCAACCAAUGGGCUGGAAUGGUGGAAAAUACGAUCCGAACUACAGAAGGGUCUGAGCGCCCCACAAAACGUACGGAAUUUUCUACCUCCAACGGAUCGCAUCACCAAGGAGUUUGUCUCGCGUCUCAAACAGCUGGGGAGCGCACAACCCACUGGAUCAUUCUUGGUUGAAGACCUAAUGCCUGCCAUCUCGCGCCUCAACCUCGAACUGAUCUGCCUGCUUGCGUUCGAUGUACGGCUGGACAGUUUCUCCGCCGAACAGAUGGAACCGAACUCGCUGGCCACGCGAUUGAUGGAAUCGGCUGAAGUGACCAACUCCGCUAUUCUACCAACCGAUCAGGGUUUUCAGCUGUGGCGCUACUUUGAAACACCGGCCUAUCGGCGCCUUCGUCGAGCCCAGCAGUUUAUGGAGAAGACGGCCGUCGACUUGGUGUCCCAGAAGCUGCUCUACUUCGACGAGGAUCAGCAACGGUUGGCGAGCGGGGAGCACGGUUCCAAAUCCCUCAUGGAGGAGUACCUACGGAAUCCUAAUCUGGAGCUGAACGAUAUCAUCGGUAUGGCGGCCGAUCUGCUGCUGGCCGGCGUUCACACAACCAGCUACACCACUGCCUUCGCUCUGUACCACAUGGCGUUGGCCGGUCCGAAGGUGCAGGAUCGGUUGUAUCAAGAAGCGAAAGCGAUGCUACCGGAUGUGGGUGACGGUCGUAUCGGUGCCGCUGCACUUGGAUCCGAGGCAUCGUACUGUCGCGCCGUUUUGAAGGAAACAUUCCGGCUCAAUCCUAUCUCGAUCGGAGUUGGGCGCAUUCUGAACCGAGAUCAAGUGCUUAGCGGAUACCGUGUCCCGCGUGGAACGGUAAUCGUGACGCAAAAUAUGAUUUCUUGCCGACAACGGACGUACUUUCGGGAUCCGGAUCAGUUUCUACCGGACCGUUGGAUGCGUGAAACGAAAGAACACGUGAGCCCCCAUCUGGUGCUACCGUUCGGGCAUGGAAUGCGUUCCUGUAUUGCUCGUCGCUUGGCCGAGCAGAGCAUUCUCGUUCUAUUGUUACGGAUCAUCCGUUCGUAUGAGAUCGAGUGGGGAGGCAGUGUGCCGAUGGAUGUGAAGACAAAGCUGAUCAAUCAACCGGAUCAACCGAUACGCAUACGAUUCAAACCGAGACAAGCAACAUAAAUGAGGCGGAUUGCGACAGUAAAACCUAAGUG